GUGGAGGUGGAGCUUGUGCGCGGCCUCGCGCCUUUCCCUGGUGGCGGGAAAACUGGCUCGAGGUUUGAGGGGCUUGGAGAAUCUCUGCAUUACCCCACUCUGCUCCUCGCCCUUAGGUUCUCAUCUCUCCAGAAGAUUUCAACAUUCGUUAUUGUGGAAGAAAAUACUUCGCCUGAAACAGAGGAGCAGAGACUUGACUUGUCAGACGGUGACUUCCGGAUUUUCCCUUCUCUAUUGAUCAGAGGCAUAAAGAAAAGUGUAGCUUCUGAGCUGAAUGAUGACAACCUUGCAGAGUAAAGAAUGCGGGAAGGGACCAAAGAAAACCUUUGCCCCACCUGCACAAAAACUGCAUAGCCUGAUGCCCUAUAACCUUAACUCAUCGAAGGAGGAGAUCCUGGGAAUCAGUUCCCCAGAAGCAGAGACCAGGCCAAGCCUGCUAAAGGCCAGGUUAGAGAAGAAGAAGGAGAAAACAACCAAAGAGAAUGGUACAAGCAGUGGCCAGGAGAUAAAAGGAAAGGAUCAAGACAGCAAGAAAGCAGAGAAGAAAGAAAAGGGAAAAUCAACUCUUACAAAUGCAGAAUUUGAGGAGAUUGUCCAGAUUGUGCUACAGAAGUCCCUCCAGGAGUGCUUGGGGAUGGAAUCUAGCCUCGAUUUUGCAGAGACUUCCUGUGCCCAGCCUACAAGAUGUACCCAGUUAGACAAGGAACCAGGAAUUGCUUCUUCUACUACUGAUAAUAAUAGUGCUGAUGGAGAGAGGGUAGUGGUACCGCAUAUUCUAGAGAUUUCAGCCUCUCAGGAAGGUGGAGUAAUCCCUGAGAUAAAGACAUCUAAGCCAGGCCAGCCAGAUCCUGCACCCUCUGAGAAGAAAUUCAAUAAACUCUCCUUAAGCAAAAGAAAGAAGGCUGCUCAAAAUGAGAAAAUGGAGAAAGCCCAAAGUGGACAUGAGCACAGGCAGAAAGAUCAACUGAAGAAAACAGUUCAGGAUCAUUCUCAGAUCAGGGACCAACAAAAAGGAGAGGGAAGUGGUUUUGGUCAAUGUCUAGUCUGGGUCCAGUGUUCCUCUCCAAACUGUGAGAAAUGGAGGCGGCUACGUGGGAACAUUGACCCCUCAGUCCUCCCAGAUAAUUGGUCCUGUGACCAGAAUACAGAUUUGGAGUAUAAUCACUGUGAUAUCCCUGAGGAGACCUGGACAGGGCAUGAGAAUGAAGUGGCCUAUGCCUCCUACAUCCCAGGAUCCAUCAUCUGGGCCAAGCAAUACGGUUACCCCUGGUGGCCAGGCAUGGUAGAAUCUGAUCCUGACCUGGGGGAAUAUUUUCUUUUUGCAUCUCAUCUUGAUUCCCUGCCAUCCAAGUACCAUGUGACAUUUUUUGGAGAAACAGUCUCUCGUGCUUGGAUCCCAGUCAACAUGCUAAAGAACUUCCAGGAGCUAUCCCUGGAGUUAGCUGCAGUGAAAAAGUGCAAGAAUAAGGACUUCAGCCAGAAACUGGGGGCAGCCCUGAUGAUGGCUCAAGAGGCAGAGCAGAUCAGUAUUCAGGAGCGGGUUAACCUGUUUGGUUUCUGGAGCCGAUACAGUGGAUCUGACUACAGUGGGGAAGGAAAAGAUGUAAUGCUCUCUGGGGCUAACAGCUUAGAUUCCUGCUUGGAGAAAGAAGAGGAAGAGUCAGAGUUGGAGGAAGAGGAGGAAGAGCAACAAAAAAAAGAUCCAACUUUGCCUGGUCCCAAGCCAGCCAAAAUUCAGACAAAAAAACCCAAGGCAAGAGGUGGAGCACAUGGACGAGAUGGAACCCCGCAAAGGAAGACAAUGAAGAGAUCUCUGGGAAAUGAAUCUGCAGCUCCAUCUUUACCCAUCAUGGGAAAGAAAAAAGGGCAUGGGAAUUCAGAACCUGAGCAGCCAGGCCCUAAGAAAAAAUUUAAAGCUCCCCAAAGCAAGGCCCCAGUAAGCAGCUCAUCUGAGGAAAAAGAAGCUAGAAUAGUGCCAGAGGUCCUGACCCCACCAGCUCCUCCCGGGGCCUGUCCCGUGGUGGGGAAAAAAGGGCCUGCACCCCAGGAGCCAUGGCCUCAGGAAGCUGGAAGUGUCCUCUCUGAUGAUGGAGCCUCCAGUGACCUGGACCUGGACCAACUCAUGGAGGAUGUUGGAGAAGAGCUGGAGCAGAGGGAGGAGCCACAGCACAGAGACGACGCAGGGGAGCUCGCCGUGACCUUCUGUGAGGAAUAGCUGUGGGCUCGCACCUCCUGCCUGCUCUCUCAUCCCUUCUGUGGGAGCAGGAGGCAGAGCCUCUCAGAGGAUCCCCGAGAAGCUGAUAAAUGUUGGGGUUGUUCAUUGGCUGUGAGGUUGGUUGGCUAAGGUCAGAGUUGUGCAGUUUAUGUUAAUAAACCAGGUUACUGGUUUAGUUGG